GCUCACAUCACAUAGUUGCUGCGCUUGCAACGCUACUCUAUAGACAUGAAAUACAUCGUAUUCUUCGCCCUUGUGUCCGUGGCUUUGGCCAAGCCCAAGCCCGGAGGUCUCUUCUCAUCAUUUGACCAUGGCUUCUCAUCGCUAGACCUCCACCAGCCAGCUAUCACAUUAGCGCAGCCCACAUACACAGUAGCCCAGCCCGUAGUCCACGCGGCACCUGUGGUCCACGCGGCACCAGUAGUCCACGCGGCCCCAGUAGUCCACGCGGCACCAGUCGCUAUUGCCAAGCCCGCUACUAGCUACUCUUCCUUCCAGCAGGUCGUACAUCCAGUACAAGUAGCGCAUGCUGCCCCAGCAGUUGUCCACGCUGCACCAGUUAUUUCCCAACCCAUUGUCCAUGCGGCCCCAGUUGUCCAGACCAUAGCCCAGCCUGUGGUCCAGAAAUACCUCUCACUCGGAUCAUACGGCGGUUCCUACGGCGGAUACGGUCAUGGUUGGUAA